AUUUACUGUGUUGAUUGUUAAUAAACAGUUAAUUUGUACUCAACAAUAAGCUUGUCAUUGAGUACAAGUUUUAUAAACAAUUAAAAUAUGAUUUUUCUGAAAACUUCCACGCAUUUUAAUACUAUCAAGACUCAUGGAACUAUCAAGAGAUUCAAGCCUGUGAUUUAUACAAUAACUAAUCGAUCAAAAACAACCAACGAAGCCAAUAAAUAUGAAUACAUCCAACGUAGCAAGCUGCCAACAAUGCAUUUUCAAGAUUCUCUGCCAAGAUUGCCGAUUCCAAAGCUCGAAGACUCUUGCAGAAGGUACUUGAAAGCCCAGCAACCGAUUUUGACUGCCAAAGAGUUCAAAGAAACCUCGACGUGUGUCUUGAAAUUCCUGUCUGAUGAAGGACCUCCCCUGCAAAAAUUGCUCCUGGAAGAUGAUAAAUAUAACAAGCACACUAGUUACAUCAGCGGUUAUUGGUUUGAUAUGUACUUAAGGGACAGAAAGCCUCUGCCGGUUAAUUAUAACCCCCUGCUGGUUUUUGUUCAGGAACAAGAUCUCCGUUAUAACAAACCCCUGGUGAAAGCUACCAACUUGCUCAUUUCUUCCGCGAGAUUUAUGAAGUCUCUGAGAGCUGGAAUUCUAGAGCCUGAAGUCUUCCACCUUGACCCCAAAAAAUCAGACACUGAUUUUUUUAGAACAGUCACAGGAUUACUGCCGUCGAAAAUUGCUACUUAUGGAGCCUACCUCUUUAAAGCUUAUCCGCUAGAUAUGUCUCAGUUUCCGUACCUGUUCGGGACAACUCGCAUUCCUCUGCCGACCAAAGACGAUCUGAGCCACGACCUUUCAUCAAAACACAUUAUAAUAAUGCGUAAAGGUCAUUUCUACUCGAUGGACAUCAUCGACAGCAGUGGAAAAAUUCUUCCACCCUUGGAAAUAGCUUCUUGUGUGAAUUAUAUCCUGAAUGACCCGCGACCGCCCAAUGACUGUCCAGUUGGAGUCUUGACAACAGCCCACCGCGACCAGUGGGCAAAAAUUCGGGGGCAUUUGCUGGCUUUGGGCAAUGAGGGUGUCUUGCAUAAAAUAGACUCGGCUGCAUUUGUGUUUGCCUUGGAUGAUGAUCAUGUUGAAGAUGAUUAUAUUAAAUUAAUGAGAUUAUUCUUGCAUGCUGAUGGCACUAACAGGUGGUUUGAUAAAUCCUUUUCGUUGAUAAUGUCAGGCGACGGGGUCGCGGGGAUUAAUUUUGAACAUUCUUGGGGUGAUGGUGUUGCUGUUCUUCGCUAUUUCAAGAAUUUAAAACAUGAUAUUUCUAACAACCCACACUUUCAUCCCGAAGACGAAGCUUCAGUAUCAAGUUCACCAACUUCAAUAAGAAAACUGGACUUUAAAUUAGAUGAUAAAAUAAAAGGAAUAGUUCAGUGUAAUUUUAAUGAGUAUAAAUCUUGGACUCAAGAUAGAUUAACUAUUGAUUAUUUAAUUUUUGAAGAAUUCGGCAAGGAAGAGUGCAAGAAAUUCAAAGUCAGCCCAGACGCAGUGAUGCAGCUGGCGUUUCAACUGGCUCUUUACAAGAAAGAAAAAAGGGCUGUAGCGACCUACGAGUCUUGCAGCACCUCAGCUUUCAAACAUGGACGUACCGAGACAGUGAGAUCGUGUACAAAUGAAACUAUAGCACUUUGCAAGGCUAUUGUUGAACAUGGAGCUUCCUCAGUCGGUGAUGAUGAGCUGAAAAAACUUAUGUUAGAAUGCAGCAAGGCGCACAAUAAUCUCGUGAAAGAAGCUGCGAUGGGCCAGGGCUUUGAUAGACAUUUAUUCGCUUUGAGAAAGAUUUUUGAAGAGUCUGAGGGUAUCAGAAUGCCUCUUCUGUUCAAAGAUCCAGCUUAUGAAAAAUUGAAUCAUAAUAUUUUGUCUACUUCAACUUUGUCGAGUCCAGAAGUUAUGGCUGGAGGAUUUGGACCAGUUGUCGAGGACGGAUAUGGCAUUGGAUAUAUGAUCCAAGAUCACAAGCUAGGCUCAGUAGUGACGUCUUACCGAGACCAUCGAGACGCUUCAGAAUACAUAAAGUAUUUGAAAUCAGCAUUUGAAGAUAUCCAUAGGAUUUUAAAGAGUAAAUAAUAAA